GUGACGCCAAUUGUCCAAUCACGUCUGCUCCCGGCAAGGAGUGAGAAGGGGUCAUCCGUCCUCCACUCCACCCGCAUGUCACGGGCCACGGCAAAGCUCGAGACCGGGCCCGAGGAGCUUGAAGCAAAGCCCGGCUCAGAUCGGCGUUGCCGCCCUAGCUAGUGCUGGUCGCUGGCUGGUGGCCCAAACGAGGUGGGGCCCCAGAUAAAGUUAAUCAGGACAUUGGGUGAUUGGACACCAGACCAGGGCUGGGCUGCCCCACAUGGCUUUUCUUUUUUUUGAUUGCUGUCUACACCCCCUUCCAUGUCUGU